CUCUCUCUCUCUCUCUCUCUCUCCAAUCUCUCCUGAUUAAUCUCUCUCUCUCGCUUUCAAUUUUGCAACGUGCCCAUCUCUUUCUCACUCUCUCACUAAGCCAGACCAGCAAUCCAGUCAGUCACAAGAACAACAAUGGGUUACGGGAGGCUCGGAUCCGCCGAGCCCAGAUCAGGUCUUCCCAACGAAGAAGAAGAUAAUUACCCCGCCACCUCAACAUCCACCGCCAAACGAAGUAGGCUCAAGAUAUUCCUACUCCUCUCCGUCACUCUCAUUAUAGCGUCGGCAGUCUCCGCCGCCCUCGUACUAACCCUCCGACCAAAAUCAUCAACCCAUUCCUCAAAUCAACCGCGCCUAAAACCAACUCUAGCCAUCACAACCACCUGCAGCAAAACUCGCUUCCCAACUCUCUGUAUCAACUCCCUCUUAGAUUUCCCCGGCGCCGUUUCCGCCUCCGAGCAAGAUCUCGUCCACAUCUCCGUCAACAUGACCCUCCAGCGAUUCGGCCGCGCACUCUACGUCACAUCCGAGGUCGGAAACCUCCACAUGGACCAACACGAAAGAGCCGCUUACGACGAUUGCCUUGAACUCUUAGACGACGCCGUUUAUCACCUCUCCAAGUCACUCUUAUCCGUCACCGGCGAACAGCAAGCUGCGGGGUCCACACAGGACGUUAUGACGUGGCUGAGCUCGGCACUCACGAAUCAGGACACGUGUGCGGAUGGGCUUUCCGAAGUUAAGGGGUCGGUGAAGGAUCAGGUGGUGCAGAGACUUACGGAUUUGUCGGAGUUGGUGUCGAAUUGUCUCGCGAUCUAUGCGGCCGCGACUGGCGGCGAUGAUUUCUCCGGCAUUCCGAUACAGAACAGGAGGCGGCUGAUGUCGUCGUCGUCGUCGACGAAUAGCGGUCGGCGAUUUCCGACGUGGGUUAGCCGGAGAGACAGGAGAUUGUUGGAUGUGCCGAUAACGGCUAUGCAGGUGGACAUUGUCGUGUCUCAGGACGGGAAUGGCACGGUGAAGACGAUAUCGGAGGCGAUUAAGAGAUCGCCUGAAUACAGUAAUCGCCGUACAAUUAUUUACGUCAAGGCCGGAAAGUACGAGGAAAAUAACUUGAAGGUAGGAAGAAAGAAGACUAACUUGAUGUUUAUUGGUGAUGGGAAGGGCAAGACGGUAAUUUCAGGUGGAAUGAGUGUGUUUAAUAACAUGACCACAUUUCAUACCGCAUCUUUCGCUGCAACCGGAGCCGGAUUUAUAGCUAGAGACAUCACAUUCGAGAACUGGGCUGGACCUGCCAAGCACCAAGCUGUAGCCCUUCGUAUAGGCGCUGACCACUCCGUCAUCUACCGGAGCAGUAUCAUCGGAUAUCAAGACACCCUCUAUGUCCACUCCAACCGACAAUUCUUCCGCGAAUGUGACGUUUACGGAACAGUAGAUUUCAUAUUCGGAAACGCGGCAGUAGUGUUUCAAAACUGUAGCUUGUACGCCCGCAAGCCCAUGCCGUUUCAAAAGAACACCAUCACGGCCCAAAACCGAAAGGACCCGAAUCAGAACACUGGGAUCUCGAUCCACGCUUGUAAAAUCCAAGCGGCUGGGGACCUACAGGCCUCCAACGUUAGUUUCGACACUUAUUUAGGUCGGCCGUGGAAGCUUUACUCGCGAACCGUGUACAUGCAAUCCUACCUUGGAAGUUUGGUCCAUCCUAGAGGGUGGUUGGAAUGGAACACAACAUUUGCACUUGACACAUUGUAUUAUGGAGAAUAUAUGAAUACUGGACCGGGGGCGGGAUUGGGAGGAAGAGUUAAAUGGCCGGGUUAUCAUGUAAUUAACUCGACGGAGGAUGCAGGGAAGUUUACGGUAGCGCAGUUUAUAUAUGGCUCGUCGUGGCUUCCAUCCACGGGCGUAGCAUUCUUAGCUGGCUUGUCUCUAUAAAUUUAUUAAGUAAAAUUUGUUUUUAUUUUUGGCUUAAGAAAUUAUUAAGCUUUUUCAUUGUAUUAUAAGUUCAAAUAACAAGAUGAGUCCAUUUCACUUUUAUUAUUA